UUCAGAAUUUUCACUUAAAUCAUUGUUCUUCCGAAAAAGCGAUAAACAUCAAUCAAUACUACAUAUAAGCGGUCCCUAUUUAAGUAAACAUAGCUUGCAGUGAGGAAGUGUGAAUAAAAGAAAUUAAAUUAAGAAAAAUGGUGUUGAGGUGGUUUAUGUUACAUCUACUUUUCGGUGUUGGCUUAAUGGAUACUCAGAAGCCGAAUAUCAUCGUAAUUAUGGCAGAUGAUAUGGGCUUCAAUGAUGCAGGAUUCCAUGGCAGUGAUGAAAUUCCAACUCCUAAUAUAGAUGCUUUAGCCUACAAUGGAGUAAUUUUAAAUAGGCAUUACACUCAAGCAUUGUGUUCCCCAUCAAGAGCUGCUUUCCUCACGGGAAAAUAUCCCAUACAUACAGGUAUGCAACAUUUUGUUGUACUAGAGAUGGAACCUUGGGGACUACGUCUGAAUGAAACGAUAAUGCCGCAACUUUUAAAACAGAACGGGUACACUACGCAUGCUGUUGGAAAGUGGAACUUGGGUUUUUUCAAAAAAGAAUAUACACCGACUUUUAGAGGAUUCGACACACAUUAUGGAUAUUGGCAAGGGUUUCACGAUUACUACACGCAUAUGAACAAAGCAUCGUGGUCAACCGAAAUUGGUUACGACUUUAGAAGAAAUCUCGAUGUCGACUACGACGCUAAAGGCAAGUACAGUACGACGUUAUUUACUAAUGAAGCUGUGAAAUUAAUAAAAGAACAUGACACGACUAAUCCGAUGUUUUUGUAUUUGGCCCAUAUUGCACCGCAUACUGGAAACAAGGAGGAACCACUGCAAGCACCUGAUGAAGAAAUUGCUAAAUUCGCUCACAUUAAAGACCCAGAACGACGUAUCUAUGCAGCCAUGGUGUCCAUGUUGGAUCAAAGCGUUGGAACGGUGAUAGCGGCUCUACGAGAAAAGCGAAUGCUGCAAAACUCCGUGAUUCUCUUUUUUUCGGACAACGGAGCCUCAGAUUUUGGUUCAAAUUAUCCCUUUAGAGGGAAAAAACAAACGGCAUGGGAAGGAGGUAACAGAAAUCUAGCAGCAAUAUGGAGUCCCCUUAUUCAAAAACCUCAAAGAGUUUCCAAUCGGUUGAUACAUAUCAUAGACUGGUUACCAACAUUCUACUCCAUAGCUGGUUUAAAUAAAACGGAAAUUCCAAAUACUGAUGGCCUAGAUAUGUGGGAAUCGAUUUCCGAAGACAAAGAGAGUCCAAGAACAGAAAUGGUCUACAAUAUCGAUACUAUUAGGAAGUGGGGAGCAAUUAGACAAGGUGAUUGGAAAUAUAUAUACGGCUCUACAGGCAAAGAAAAGAAUUCGUGGUUCGGAAAUGACGGCAAAAAAAAGGAAUAUUCUUACGACGUCGACCAAAUAUUAACUUCAAAAACAGCGGCAGCCUUCGCUGGGCUAAUAACCGACCAACAGAUUAAAGACAAGCACUCAAAUAGGAGAAAGAGAAGAGAACUUAAAAUAAUCGAUAAAAAUGAUAUUGAAACGUUAAGAACGCAAGCCAUAGUUACUUGCGGGCCGUUUAAUUUUGAAGAUCAACUAGAAGAGAAUAAAUGUAAUCUCCAACUCCCGUGUUUGUUUAACAUAAAGGAAGACCCUUGCGAAAGAGUAAAUCUAGCUAAAUCUAGACCGAACAUCGUAAGAAAACUAGAAAAGCUUCUUAUGGAUUAUAGGAAAAACAUAGUGCCUGCCCUAAACGAAGAUCGAGAUCCCAGGGCGAAUCCUAUCAACUGGAAUAACACUUGGUCCAGUUGGAUAGAUUCCGAUUAUGUUGCUAGAAGUAAGGUACCAAACAGUUUUAAGACUACUUCGACGAUGAAUAUCAUUAUAAUUGUAGUUUCCUCUAUAACGAUACUCUUUAUUGUAUUUCGUUUAUCUUCUAAACUAUCUGAUACCAAAGCGAAAAAGAGAGAACAGAAACGAAAAGCAGAAGCGUUCUUAAGCAAUAAUAGUGUUUAGUAUAUAUAUUUUUAUAUUUUUAUAUUUUUAUCGGAAGACAUAUUGCAGUUGUAUGGUUAUUGAAACACCCUAUAUUUGAUAGUGUCGAAAUUUCAAUUGGUCGAAACUUUAAAUGAUCGAAAUUACAAUUAGCCGAACGUAAAAAAGAUCGAAAAGUACAAAAGAAAAGGACAAUCAUUUGGUCACAAAACAAAUUUAUACAUAAAACGAAAGAAGUAAAAGAAAACUUAACUAAUUUGCCAAACUUGUGUGGCCUGGAGCUUUUACUGGUUGGGAAAUUCAGUUGUUUUGUAUUAAUCAUAUUAUGUAAACAUUUUUUGCGAAAUAUUCCGCAUAACUCCAGGUCGCACCUGUUAGGUAAAAUAGUAAAAACAACGCUGUUUUAAUCAGGUCUUAGUUUGCUGGACCAUAUUUCAAUAUGCAACGCUAUUUUAAUAAACGCUAUUUCGCUCAGGCGCUGUUUCGUUAGGCGCUAUUUUGAGUAAGCAACAACUAAUUUCGUAAUUUAAAGCUUUCGAUCUUAUUCCAUUUCGAUCAUAUAUUAUUUCGAUAAUUAGUACUUCCGAUCAUUUGUACUUUCGAUCAUUUAUACCUUCUAUCAUAUUUGAUUUCGAUAAUUUGUACUCUCGAUCGUAUUAGUCCGUCAGAUAGUGACAGGUUUAGAUGCCCCAUUUUCGCAUACAAGCCUCGAAGAGGGUUGAAAAGUACUUCGAUUUUAAGUAGAAUAAAAGGAAAUUUACGAGUAGCUGCUGGGGAUAACACAUGGAAAAUUCGAUUUUCCUUAACAAAAAUGAAAGGUUAUUUGUUGCCCAUUUUUCCACUCAAGCCGUUUUCAUUACAUGAUUAAUUAAUGGAACUAGGCUUCAGAAAACCAAUGGCUUUAAUGUUGCAAGUGGCUAAAGGGUUGAAAUAAGGGGGUAAUCUUCUAAGGAAAAAUCGAGAUUUUGCCCGAUUUUACCACACAAGCCCAUCGAAUGUAUGAAAACGAACGUCAUCACUAGUCCGAAACACAUAUUUUCCUGAAUGACCCGAAUGUAUAAAUACACUUUGAGGUCGGAAAAUUUUUCUGAUAAGGAAAAUCGAAUUUUCCAUGUGUUAUCCCCAAGAGCCAUUCGUAAAUUUUCUUUUAUUCUACUCAACAUCGAUGUACUUUUCAACCUCUUCGAGACUUGUAUGCGAAAAUGGGGCACCAAAAUCGGUCACUAUCUGACGGUCUAUAUGCGAUUUCGAUCAUUUGUUCUACUCUUAAUCUUUAUUGGUUUCGAUAUUUUGUUACUUUCGACAUUUUGACUUUCGAUCAUUUAUCCGCUCACCGCCUUUUGAUUCCACGGAAAAAAUAAAGUAAAAUGUCUAUAAUGUUUCCUUUGCCUGUUUUUUUUUUUGUUUUUGAAAUUAUUAAAGGAUUCUUAAAUUGUAAGCUGGAACAACAUAAUCUAGUAAUACAAGUAUCGUGGUUAUUUGAAAGACAUCAACAUUCUUUAUUGAGCCAUAUAUGAGUAGUAGGGACUGAGUUAGAAGAUAAAAAAUAAAGAAAAAGGUCCUUUAUAUCUUACAAAGUCAGCACAUCUAAAUUAUUAGUCAUAAAGUAGUACUGUAAAGUAAAAGUAUUUAAUACCGAAAAUAAAAAUUGAUCAAAAAGCAAGGUUAAUAAUAAUUUAACUUACCAUGACAUAUCCAUUACGGAUUAGCUACACAGGUUAAUAUAACAAGUUCCAUUGUCUUUGGACAAUUUCAAUAAAGAACUCAAUACCAUUAAACAAAUUGCUAGUAGCCAUAAAAUUAUAUUCAUCAGUUUAUCGAUGUUAUGCUUCACAUAAAACAAAAUAAAUACAGAAUAAUAAUUAUAUUAACUAAAGAAGGGUAUCCAACUCCUCAAAUCUUGUAUAGCACAAAAGUAACAAAAAAAUAUCUCACACAUUUUACACAUUUUAUGUGGGAUUGAUUUUGUGUUCUCUGGUACUAAAUAAUUAUAUUAUUGUCCCUCUAUACUUGACUAAAUCAAACAACUGUAUUUAUAACUUACCUUUAUAAGUACACUGAAAUAAAUUUGGUGCCUACAAUUUAAAAAAACUUUGAUAAUAACUGUAAGUUUCACAACAUAAUGAUUGUAAAUAUAACUUACAGUGAUUUUUACUGUAAAAAGGAUUCGAUUGUUCUUAAAAGUACAAACUUUUUGCCAAAACUACUGUUAAUGUGAAAAUACGAAUUUAUUUGAGGUAUACCUAAUUUACUUGUAUUUUUACAGUUUUAGAGGAAUAAUCAAAGGUGAAAUCACAGAACCUUUAGUAUUAAUACAGUUACGUGAAUUAUUUCUCAAAUUGCUUAUAGAUUUACACUAUUUUGGUACGUUUUAACCUUGUAAUUUUUCAAGAGAUAUGUAAAAUUAGAUGAUGGUAGGUAGUCUCAUUACCAUGUAAUUUUAAAUGAUAAAAGUGUUUUUAAAAUAACCUCGUGAAAAUUCAAAGAUAUAGGUUGACUCACAAAUACCUUGUAAAUUUACAUUAUCCAUAAGUUCGCUUUACAUUUGUAAUCUAACAAUAAUUCUGUACAAUUACAUUAUUGCUGUAAUUAAUAUAAAAUAAACUGACUUUUACAAUAAUCUUGUCAAAAUAAAAGUAUAUAGGUUAAUUUACAAAUAUUUUGUAGUUAUGCAAUAUUUUUAAAUCCGUUUUACACAUGUAAUUUUACACACCAUCUGUGAAUUUAUAUUGCCUUGUAAAAAUACGUAUAGAUCCUGUUAUUCACACAUAUAAUGCAGAAUUACAAUAUACUUAAACUGU